AGAAUUCCAUUGCUUCGAAAAUAGAGAAAGCGAGAGAGAUGAGAGAAGAAGUAAUCAGCUCCGGGGGCACCGUUGAUCCCACAGCUAGUUCUGCUGCGGCAUCCUCACCAGCUGUUCCAGUAAAUGUUGGCAGUUUAGAUGGAUCAAGUCAUGGGCAAGGCUCCAAAGCAGCUUCUCUUUCUUGUGUUGGUUCGCAACCACCAUGGACUUCCUUGAGCACAAGUGCUGGGGGUUCUACUUUUGGGUCGUCAAGACCUUCAUGUAGGCCCUGGGAAAGGGGGGAUUUAUUAAGGCGUCUGGCAACGUUUAAUCCAUUAAACUGGCUUGGGAAGCCUAAGAUCAUCAGCUCACUGGCUUGUGCUCAAAAAGGUUGGAUGAAUGUUGGUGUUGACAAAAUUGCAUGUGAGUCAUGUGGUGCAUGCCUGAGUUUUGCAUCAUCAUCAUCUUGGACAUCAGAGGAAGCUCAAAACGCCCGUGAGUCCUUUGCCGGGCAGCUGGACUCAGGCCAUACAGCUAAUUGCUCAUGGAGAGGUAAUAGCUGUCCAGAAAGCUUGGUGCAGUUCCCUCCAACUCCUCAGUCUGCAUUAAUUGGUGGGUACAAAGACAGAUGUGAUGGGCUUGUGCAGUUUCAGCAUUUACCUGUUGUUGCACUCUCUGCAAUUGAGUUAAUGCAUGCUUCUCGAGGCCCACAGAUUGAUCGCUUUCUGUCACAGUCACAGUCACAGUCUCAGAAUUUUAUGCUGGCAGAAGUAGAAAUCAAACCAGAGAUUGUAUCAGAACUUGAAAACUCUCGAGAUGAGGCAUACUGCCUAUUUUCUCGCGCACAGAAGCUUAUAAGCCUUUGUGGGUGGGAACCAAGAUGGCUUUUAAACGUUCAGGAUUGUGAAGAACACUCAGCUCAGUCUACAAGAAAUGAACAUUCGUUUGGCCCGGGCCAGACUCAGCUCCAUCUUACUCAGGAUUCUGGACCAAAAGCAGUUUCUGCUUCUGCUAAACCGGACUCCAGAAAGACUAAGGUGUCUCGAAAGGAGUCUAGACCUGAACCUAGGUCACCUUUGCUUGAUUGUAGCUUAUGUGGAGCUACAAUUAGAGUUAUGGAUUUUUUGACUGUCCCUCGCCCUUCUCGUUUUGCUCCUAACAGCAUAGAUAUUCCCGAAACUAGCAAGAAAAUGGGAUUGACCCGUGGAGUGAGUGCAGCAAGUGGGAUAAAUGGUUGGGUUGCAGCUGAUGAUACAGAGAAAGAUCAAACUGAAGACCGUGAUGAAGUGACAACAACCAAUGAAGGGAAAUUUUUUACUAAUACAGACGUAGACUUGACUCUUUCUAUGGCAGGGGGUUUGCCAUGUGCUUCAUUGGGAAGGAUAGCAACAUCUGAAAAAAGUCAUGAUGUAGAUAUGGGAAGGGAUUUAAUGAUUGGUCAACCUUCAGGGAGUGAGAUUGGUGAUCGUGCAGCUUCAUAUGAAUCACGAGGUCCAAGCUCUCGUAAGAGGACUCUUGAAAAGGGUGGAAGCUCAGAUGAUAGGCCAUUCCUUGGGUUGCAGCAGCAGGCUGAUAGCGUUGAAGGAACAGUCAUUGAUUGUGAUGGUGAUGAGGUUACUGACUGUAGACAAUAUUCAGCUGGUCCUUCAAAACGUGCUCGUGACACUGAUGUUUUUGAUUGUUCUCACCAAAGAGAUUCAUCUGGGGCUGGUCCUAGCCAUUCAGUGGGUUUUGAUGCUUACACUGAAGGCAAUCGGGUUUCUUCGUUGCAUCAAGAGAAUGACCGCCUUAUGGGAAUCCAAUCAGCUAGGGAUUCAACCUGUGCAUCAUCUGUCAUUGCAAUGGAUAUAGUAUGUCAUGACGUAGAUGAUGACUCUAUGGAAAGUGUUGAGAACUACCCAGGAGACUUUGAUGAUGCUCAUUUUCCCUCCUCUAGUAAUGUGGACAUGAACGAGACAUCAGAACUGAAUAACAGCAAUCAAGUUCAGCAGAGCAUUUGUUUGCAAACAGCUACUGAAGUUGCCCCAGGUGAAAUGGGUGUAAGUAGUACAAAUAAUGGGGAAGAAAUUUUCAAUGCAGAAACUGUUCAGGCUCGAGAUGGAAUUAGUUUUGGUGUUAGUGGAGGGAGUGUUGGAAUUUGUGCUAGUCAUGAAGCUGAAAUUCAUGGAGCAGAUAUAUCUGUACAUAGAACAGACAGUGUUGUUGGUGACGUGGAACCUAGAGUAGAAGAUGGUGAAAACCAGGGCCAAACUGGUGAAUCUACUCCAGAUCCUGGUUUAAUGGAUGAGAUUGUCCCUGAUAUGAACAGGGAAGAUCCCAAUGGUGAUAAUCAGGAGAUGUUGUCUCACUCAGCAGCCAGGACAGACAGCGGAUCAAAAAUUGGUUGUACCACAAAGGCUGAGUCUGUUGAAAGUGGUGAAAAAAUUAGUCAAGAUUGCAAUAUCCCUCCUGCAAACAGUAGUCAUCCAUCCCGUUCUUGCAAUGUUAUUGUGAAUUCUGGUUUUGGACACACUAAGGAAGAGAUUGUGAAGGAUGGCAAAUCGUCAUUCACCAACAAUUGUACUCACCUUGAGUCAGAUUUUGCUAAUGCCAAUGAGAUAGGCCCUCCAAAAGGAGAAAGCAACUAUGAGGAAGCUCCAGAGUUUGAUCCUAUUGUCUAUCACAACCAAUAUUGCCCUUGGGUGAACGGAAAUGUUGCUGCUGCUGGGUUUGAUAGCUCUAAUCCAAGCGCCGGCGCUGACGCCAUUGCACUUUGUGGCUGGCAACUGACAUUAGAUGCUUUGGAUGCUUUCCGGUCCCUGGGGCUUAAUGCAAUUCAGACGGUACCAUCUGAGUCUGCUGCUUCUUUGUACAAGGAUGAUCAGCAAGUUCCUGGUCAAAAGCUCCUUCGACACCCUUCCAUGAGCAGAAGUCACGGGCAACUUUGAGAUCUCAGUCCGUUAUUGGUGUUUCCAUUUGCUUAUGUUAUAUGAGUUAUAAUGGUCCAGCGGAACUUGGAUAAUUCUUGUGUUAAUCUGUUGGGCCAAUGAUGGACAAGGCUGAUUGGAUUUUAUUAAGCAAUAUCUACCUGCUUCAAAGGCAUGUGUUAUUAUAGUCAAGACUUGUGAGCAAUGAACUGUAAAUUAUGAGAGACAUUGGGUCUUAUGACACAAUGGCAUGCGAAUUUCUGCACAUUCAAAGUAUGAGAUUUUAAUGUGGGAAAUGUUUAAUAAAUCAUGGUUUCUUUAAUGUCAUAUAGCUUUUAGGCUUUGAUUCUUUGAAAGAUAUAUAUGGAUUGUAUCAUGCUGAGUUGUUGAACCAUUUGCAAGGGAUAGGAAUUUUUCUAAAGCACUUGAAUGUUAUUGACCAAGCUAAAAAGGUACUGAAAUAAUAGAGCCAGUUUUCAUUGUUUA